GUUAUCGGCAAAGAGAACUCCGAAAUGCAAUUGACCAAGGUGUUUUCUGUAAUUUCGCCUGAUCUUCUCGUCUCUCUCCCUCUCCUCUUCUCUCCUCCUCUUGCCCUAAUCCCACCCCCUCUCUCUUUCCCUAUGUAAGCUCUUUCUAGUGUUUCUGGAUAUUGUCUCAUUAUCUCUUAACUUCGUUCAAAUCCGCCGUUUUUCUGGUUGAUUUCGAGCCUUUGGAAACCCUGGGUUUCCGAAUUGCCUUCUCGAUCGGCGCCUUCUAUCGUUUCGUUGAGUAGUUUCGCAUCUGCCGUCUUGACUUGAUCGGGAGCAGUAAACUUUUUAAAUUUCAAUCUCUGUUGGAUCGAUCUCGGAGAUGGAUCCGAUGGACAUCGUCGGGAAGUCAAAAGACGACGUCUCGCUUCCUAAAGAUUGUGUGACAUCAGUAGAUUCCAUCCAUGCAAUAAUUUAUGGAUAUUGGAUAUAAAUCCACUGACGCCUUAAUUUCAAGCUUGAAGCUAAGAGAUAUGAAGGUCAAUUGAAAUGUACCAUCCAUUGCUACCUUCUAGCAAUACCCAAGCUGUCCACCUACCUCUGAGACAUUAUCCUCUUAUGCAGAUUGCAUUUUUGGUGCAUAAAUAAGAUCCUCUUUUUCUUGGCAACCAUGUUUAAGAUUAUUAAAGAAAUGCUGCCACCUGAUGUUCGUGUAGCAAGAGAUGCACAGGACCUUCUUGUUGAGUGUUGUGUAGAAUUCAUCAACCUUAUUUCUUCCGAGUCUAAUGAAGUAUGUGGUCGAGAGGAAAAAAGAACAAUUGCCCCUGAGCAUGUUCUCAAGGCUCUAGAGGUUCUCGGUUUUGGGGACUACAUUGAAGAGGUUUAUGCAGCAUAUGAACAGCAUAAGCUUGACACUUUGGACUCUCCAAAAGUUGGUAAAUUUGGAGGAAUAGAGAUGACUGAGGAAGAAGCAUUGGCAGAGCAGCAAAGGAUGUUUGCCGAGGCUCGUGCUAGAAUGAACAACGGAGCUAGUGUACAGAGGCAGUCAGAUUCAGAUCGCAGUUUAGAUGGCUAAUAUUAAACCCCAGCACUAUAUAUCAUCUGUUAAGUGUCUUGGUCAUAGCUUCAAUGAAACUUAGUGUGUGCCUGACUUUUGGAUUGCACUUUUGUGCUUCUAGUUAUGAAUUUUGUAAAUUGGAUGCUCUCUCAGUACGGUUAGAAACACCAAGACAUGAACACUGCUUUUUUUUUUGGGUAAAUAUGGACACUGCUUUUUCAAAGUAUAUAUAUGCAUGUAAUGUUCUGUUUUUUGCUC